AUUCUAACGGGGAGUAGCCAAACCGGCUCCUUUCGUACAUAUGGACGUGCCGGCAGCCCUCAGUCGGCCAGCGCUGCGGACGCGGAUGGAUCCUGGAUCCACGGCUCCGCUCAUGUAGCUCCAUCUGAAAGCGGACAGACUUUUGGACGGGACCGUUUCUACCGGGGGAAAUAACCUCAGACGUGAUUUGUGAGGACGCUUCUUUUUUCUUUUAACCAAACAGGAAAAGUGCGCGGCCGGUUUGGCGCAGAGGAAGGGCUGGAGUGAAGGGCCACUGAGCUCAGACCCUCUCCUUUCACCGAGUGACAGAAACUCACAGAGGAGAAACACGCGGACGCACCUUUCAGCGUUCUGCACAGCCCACAGUCUGCAGACGUCGACUCGGCCCUUUGAGCAGGAUGAGGGAACCGCUGAGCUGCCCGCUGGGCUUGUUCUUCCUGCUAACUUCAGUCUCCACUCACAGUGCCACCAAUCCUUUUGCGGGACAGCAGACGUCCUUGGACCCUUGCUAUGAUGAGGCCGGAGCUGCAAGGCGGUGCAUCCCUGAGUUCAUCAAUGCCGCCUUUGGUAAGGAGGUGACCGUGUCCAGCGUCUGCGGCCGGCCUCCUUCCCGCUCCUGCAGUGUGGUUGAGCGCAGCGACGACCGCCCAUCUGUCCGCGCGUGCCAGAUCUGCGACGCAGCCGACCCGCGGCGUGCCCACCCGGCCUCCUACCUUACAGACCUCAACUCAGCCCACAACCUCACCUGCUGGCAGUCGGAGAACCUGAACACAUCGCCCCACAACGUGACUCUCACCCUCUCUUUGGGGAAGAAGUUUGAGAUCACGUACGUCAGUCUGCAGUUCUGCUCGCCCCGACCCGAAUCCCUGGCGAUAUACAAAAGCAUGGACUAUGGCAAGACUUGGAUGCCGUAUCAGUUUUACUCGUCGCAGUGCAGACGCAUGUACAACAGGCCCAACAAAGCAACUAUUACCAAACAGAACGAGCAGGAGGCGCUGUGCGCAGACGGCCACACUGAGAUGUACCCUCUCUCUGGAGGACUUAUCGCUUUCAGCACUCUGGACGGACGCCCCUCCGGCAAAGACUUUGACAACAGCCCUGUCCUCCAGGACUGGGUCACAGUCACAGACAUUCGUGUCGUCUUCAGUCGGCCUCAGCUCCCCAGAGAGCUAGCGCUGGGCUCUGGGAGCAGCGUUGGAGGAAGGGACGACGACCCGAUGGCGGUGACGUCAACGUUACCAACCUACUUCUACGCAGUGGGAGACUUCCAGGUCGGCGGAAGGUGCAAGUGCAACGGGCACGCCUCGCGAUGUCUGAAAGACAAGGAGGGGAAGCUGGUGUGUGACUGCAAACACAACACGGAGGGGCCUGAAUGCGACCGCUGCAAGCCGUUUCACUACGACCGACCGUGGCAGAGGGCCAACGCUCGAGAGGCCAACGAGUGUCUGCCGUGCAACUGCAACCUCCAUGCUCGCCGCUGCCGUUUCAACAUGGAGCUGUACAAGCUGUCGGGAAGGAAGAGCGGCGGCGUCUGCAUGAACUGCCGCCACAACACGGCCGGACGCCACUGCCACUACUGCAAGGAGGGGUUCUACCGGGACAUGGCUCGGCCCAUCAGCCACCGGCGCGCCUGCAAAGCGUGUGACUGCCACCCUGUGGGCGCCGCAGGCAAAACAUGCAACCAAACCACCGGCCAGUGUCCCUGCAAGGACGGCGUCACAGGCAUCACCUGCAACCGCUGCGCCAAGGGCUACCAGCAGAGCCGCUCACCUGUGGCCCCCUGCAUCAAGAUCCCGGUGGUCAACCCCACAGCUGCGGUGAGCAGCACGGAGGAGCCAGCAGAUUGUGAGUCUUAUUGUAAACCAGUGAAAGGAAACCUAAAGAUCAACAUGAAGAAAUACUGCAAGAAGGAUUACGCGGUCCAGGUCAACGUGUUGGACAUGGAGACGGUCGGGGACUGGGCCAAGUUCUCGGUCAGCGUUGUGUCCGUCUACAAAAGCCGCGGCGAGCCCCUGAAGCGCGGCGACAACAUCCUGUGGGUACACAUGAAGGACCUGGCCUGCAAAUGCCCCAAGAUCCAGAUGAGCAAAAGAUUCCUGGUGAUGGGCGGCACCGAGGGCGGCACGGCCCCGGUGGCGGGCCAGGGAGUCGGGCCCGGAGGGGGCGUCUCCGGACCGGAGCGAGUUGGCUUGGUGGCUGAUAAGAACAGCUUGGUGAUCCAGUGGAGGGACGUUUGGACGAGACGUCUGAGGAAGUUUCAGCGCAAAGAGAAGAAGGGGAAAUGCAGCAAAGCGUGAUCUGACCUUCGCGACCUCUCCAUGACUGUUCCUCCCUCCCUCGACCCCCAUCGCCUUUUUUUAAUCAAGGGAACACUGCGCAUACAAAAACAACUGCAUGUACCUUCCAUGUUUUAUGGACCAACGUUUUUGUGUACAUUGUAUGAUUAUUCUGUCUCUGUGUUCGAUUGGUUUGCCUUAAAAAGGGACCAAUAAAAGGGUUUGAAACGUUCAACCCGUCGAACUCCGACCUCAAGCUGGUGCGAGUGACCGUCUUCCGCCUCGUUGCUUUCGUACUUUACGUACCGCAGGCCGUAAAGUUGCGUCCUCCGCACUUUUCCAAGGACGUAACUUCGCAGUGCUCACCACUUCCUGAGUUGGACUGAUUUCAGCAACAGCUUGGCCAACUUACCGGACCGUCGGUUGGCCAACCAAGUCUUCACGUUCCGAUUGGUGGACUUGCACCUAAGAAACUUUUUGUCCCAAAAGGAACCAAGGGCUCCCUCAGCAGGGACGUUUCUCCCAGUCGUACCACCACCGCUGCUGCUCCUCAUGUGGGAUCUUUCUAUCUACAGCUUUGUGAUGCUGUUGCUGAUGACAGUUUUAAUUUCUCACUUGACUUCUCGGCCAAGCCCUAUCUUGAUUUGCGGUCCGUCUCUUUGGCAGAAUGACCCUGUUUGUGCAUGUGAGGCUGCGCCUCUUCACCACUAGUCCCUCCAACACAUCCUGACUCACGUCUUUGUUGUUUUUGGGGACAAAAGAUGAAGUGACACGGACAAACGGCUGGAAUUUCAAAACAAUGCAACAUUUCCAGAGAUGUUUUUGCUUUAUGGAUAAUGUCUUCCGCUGGUUGCCAUCUUCCAGAUGUUGCUGUUGACCAACGUAAUUUUCAUACUCUUUCAAGGUUUUAAUGUGUCUGAAGACUGGCAGGCUCCGCUUUGCCAAAAUAA